CUAUCGGAAUUUAUCGCUCGACAGCUACAAAAAUAAUAACUCAUCGGUCAUUCCAAUGCUUUAAGGCCUUAUAAUUUCUUACACCAGUGGUAAUUCAUAGGAAUGUUCUCUUCUUUCUGUAUGUGAUAUGCCAGCAGAAUAAUUACUCAACUCAUGAUUAUGAUCACCAUGGAUGACUCCGAAGGAUAACUAUUAUUCAUCUGUUUUAGGAUAUUCACUGGAAUAUUUUCUUUGCAUUCGCCGUUCGGACGGACUCUCUUCACGGAUGAAUGGAAAAUUUAUGAUGUCAAAGAAAACCAGAUUGCCUGCUCUGGACGGCAGCAAACGCGAUGCGAAGUCAUCGACCACGGGUACGGGAGCGCCAACGAAGCAGGGCAAUAAUAAACUGAUUGAUCCGUCGGAUCCUCGGCGAGGACAUAUGAGCAAGAUGAAAUUUCCCAAUAUCAGUGAUACUUAUCAAUAUAGUCAACAGCUCCUGGUGGAUACUUGCAUAGCGCUCCAUGGAAUUAUUCUCCAGGAUCUGAGCAUGGGUAAGCGGGAGCUCCUCAAGGAUCCUUUCUUCAUUCAAGGAAGAUUCUAUGAGACAAUUACGUACAUCAUGAAACAACAGGACAAAACAUUAGACCAGGUAAUGAUGGAGCACGAACAUCCGAGGUUAAAAUACCUUCGUGGUCGAGUCGUCAUCCAGCCCAAGAUCGACAUCGUCCUCGCCCGUCGGAAACCCGAACUCAUCUUCGUCUCUUCGCUCAUGCUCCGAAAACGGACAGCCGGAUACGAACCCGACUCGCGAAGCGUCCGGUCAGACAUGGCUCGCCUGGCAUACCUUGUCCUCGAGAGAGCCUUCUUAUGGGGCUUCUACCUAUGGAUCGGACCGAUAGAGGAAUUAAGACAUUUUGAAAUGAUCAACAGUUAUUCGGCACUUUGUGAAGCCGAUGGACAAAAGAAAAACUACAUUGUCUUGCAGAAACAUACCUUGGUCUUGCCUCGGCUAGGUAAACCUAUACCAUCGACUUUCCAAACGACUCUCUUGUUGAACCGGAUAGCACCGGAUUUUUGUCUAAGGUUGUACCGGGUCGAACCCGAGAUGACGAUGUGGGAUGACAAGGAUGACGAUGUUGCUAGGUUAUACGAUUUCUACAGCGGCAGCGGGAGCAUUCACACAGGGCUUGGGAUGUGGGGAAUCAGUGACCAAAUCAAGAAUGUGAGAACACAACUCAUGAAAAUCAGAGACUAUGUCGAGGCAAGUCUAUUUGACCGUGCUCGUGCGAUGUUGAUGAUGGCCAGGGUAAUGUUUACUGAUCUCGUGGUUGUUAAGAAUCUCGAACGGGACGAGAUUGAGGAGACGAACUAUCUUAAACACCACAUGGACGAGUUAAAAUUGAGGAUAGAGGAAGGUUUAAAACAAGGCGCCUGGGACUCCUCUACGGAUGAUGAUAUAUACAGUGAUGAUGGAAAAUAGCGAAACCAUGAAAUUUCUUCGUUUGUGCCUGGUUGAUCAUUUUCUAAGCGCAAGAAUGUAUCAACGUGUCUGAUUCAAAUUAUAAUCAUAAGUUAUGGCAUCUUCGAUGCACAUUUAAUUCAUCAAUAAACUUUGCCAAAUCUCGCCAAUGCAUCUGUUUGGCCUUUUAGUUUUGAAGUCCAUGUUUUGAGCAACGGUUUUGAACCACCUCAAUGGCAUCUUUUAUUGAGCUCACGAUUCCUCCCAUUGAGCUUUUUCGCUUCGCUUGGUAUUCAAAAGACGGCAGUGUGGUUGCCUGGUUAGUGGAUGAUAGUAAUAAGCCUAUUCUCAUGAUUGUUGAAAUGGUUGAAAAGUGUAAUAUAUACAAGUAACCGGCAUCACAAAAGGACGGUUCAGGUGAUGCAUCUUUCAAUACAGAAGAGAAAUUUAGGCUAUGUUCAAUUUUCUCUGACGACGUUGGAUCUCGCGAAAAUUCUGUAUCGUAUAUGAUUUCGAAGACCACCAUCAACCGUUUGUCAACUUGAAUGAACAUGUAAAACGUAUGCAAGGAACGUCUCCUCAACUUUAGUGAAACUGAGUACAUAGUCUUGUCAAUUAUUGGUUUGAUAUCAGAAUCAUUGACACAGGAUGCAAUGUAUACAGAAUGGAUACAUGGUUUUUAUGCUUGUCUUAUUUAAAAAUACAUCUUUUCGUCAACCAUUAAUUGUGCCAAUGAAAAGAUUACGGUUAGAUACAUAUGCUGCACACAAUUUUGUCAAAUGCGAAAUAUGGUAUGGCAUGAUAUGAUUUAUACUUGUCUUCGUUUCAAUGUGAACAAAAGAAGCGUAAGAAGUAAUACAUAAUGGAAAAAGUAUAUAUAUAAAAUAUGCAAAUAAUGGUGUUAAACAAGUUUACCAGAAGAGCCUGUCUGUGAUGACUCAUUUUGUUGGAAAUUUUCGUCAACCCUUUCGUCAACCCCCAAAAUUUCUAUAGUUGACAAUGAAAUGUCAAAUGCUACAAACUGGUCUUUCGAAUAUUUAUUUCCUUUUCAAUCGAAAAUAACAGAAUUUUACAAAAUAAAUUGGUAAAAUAGCAAUGAGGUGAGAAGAAUACAAUACCGGAAUAUGCAUAGUAAAUAAUAGUGUUGAUUAAGUUUGACCAAGCCUAUCCAAUGAAAGGACAAGUUGGAAAGGCAGUACUUUUGGGGAAAUACGUGUUUGUUUCACUGUCGCUUUUAUUGUGUUAAUGUUUUUUUUAAACAAAUUAUACUUUGGGUUGGAAAGUGAAAAUUAAAAAGUGCCAAAUCCGAAAACAAACCUAGUUGUUUAUGACUAAUGUGUGUACAUGGUGGAAGGCGGGGGCGAGAACACAAACAAGUAUGUAAUCGUUAUUGAAAGACAACAAGGCAAAUUUUAUCAACGGUAAAUUAAAAAUAUAGUAUUGACAAUGAUGAAAAUGUAGAAAAUACAAAAAUAUAUACCUAAUUUGAAUUAUGUUAUAAUUACAUGUAGUAAUGCUUUUUUGGUCGUGCCCAAAUGGGGUAGUCUCGAUUCUGAUGCCGAGAAGAUGAACAUUACAAGAAAAUAUUUUAAGUUUUCAUACGAGGCCUAAGCAAAAAUGAAACUCUUUUCUGCUAAUGUAUUUUUGCAACAAAAAAAAAUAAAAAUCUGCCGAUGUGUGUAUCAGUACCUUGGUUUGUUUUUAUUAACACAUUCAUUUUGUGUUUUAUCAUCCUCAAGCAAGCUCUUCAUUGAAAGGACAAGAACAUUACAUUUAAAAUGAAAUCAAAAUGUUCAAAAGUAUUUAUAAUUUUCAUCCUUCCGUUUACUUUAUAUUACUUGAUGUUUACGGAGUGAGAGAAAUUAAUAAAAUUCCAUUCUGAAGUCUAAAGUGGCGUAAUUGCAUUUAUAAUUGAUUAAGGUGAAAUAGUUUAACAUAACAUAUAUGCUGUCAUUUAUCAUAAGUCAAUCAUCGAUGUAUUAUUACGGUGAAAGUGUUCUUUACUUGAAAUGAAAGCAAGCAAGGCUCAGUUGCACACAAAGUAUACGUGCUUCAACAUAAUACGAUGGAUUCCAUAUUUAUUUCGUUUGCGAUCCGCAGUGAAAGCGCCCGAUGAAUGAUUAAUAAUUUCCGUGUUUAUCAUUCGCUAUAGAAACAUCACGGUACAGUGAUCCAAAAUUAAUUUUCUGCCUCAUUUUGCAUUCUCUCCUCAAACUGGGCAUACGUAAUUAUAAGAACACAAACGAAGGCCUAUGCAGGUGCACUCUAGUAGCAGACUUUAGUUGAUUUAGGUUAAUCAAAUUUGAUGUUGACCAAAUAACGGGGCCAUUUAAGAACGACAACGUGUGGAUAAUUGUCAGUAACAACAUAUUUCAUUGAGAUAAUUAUAUUUAGAUCGGAAAAAGCUUUGAAGGUCAAAUAAAAACCAUGAACUUUUCGUAACGCUGAGAAGCGGAUCCACGACGGAGCACGUGCCGCCCCUUUUACUCAAAUUUAUUUGUACCUCAAAGAAUGAAGACCCUUUUCUGGUUAAUUUUGAUCGAAUGGAAUUUGGAUAAGAGAUUCUGGAGUUAUAGACGCCCCCUUAAAAAAGGACUCGCCCAACAAACCCUCUACAAAAAUGACGCUAGACUUCACUACGCUGAAGUUAUUUUCUUUCAAAGAUCAGCUGAUUUAUUCAUCUUCGCUUUAGGUGGAAAUAGUUGUUGACGCGGUAUUGAGCGGAAAAUAUGAACCAUUAUAAUUAUGCAACAUUUUAAUCGCCAUGUAUUAUGUUCUUGUAAUUUUUAACCAAACAACAUGAUUUUGGAAUGAAUCGAUUGUGAACAUGUUUAUUAUGUAUGUUCUUGUAUAUUAAGAAUAAAUAUAUUUAUCAAAAUCCUUGAUGUGAUUUCGUGCUUCUUAUAUUGAUAUGAAUAAAGUCAACAUGAAUGAAACUUCAAUGGAAGAAGACGACGGGAAGGGGGAAAGAAAGAAAAAGAGAAAGAUGAGGGAGGAAUGGAAGAUAUGCCGAGGAGAGAAAAGGGGGAAAAAGAGGGACCUUUGGGGAGAUAGAGUAGAG